AUGGACGGCAAGGGGGCAGAGGAGAUUCCACAGUGGAAUAUUUACAUGGAGGGAUCUUCCAAUAGGCAACCAGGAGGGGUCGGCGUAGUACUCAUCUCCCUGGAGGAAGAUAGGAUUGAGUGCAUGAUUCGACUCGAAUUUCAUACGACCAACAAUGAGGCAGAGUACGGGAUACCCAGAGUGCUCGUCCCUGACAACGGAAAGCAGUUCGACAAUAGUGCAUUUAGGGAUUUCUGUUCGGAGUUAGGAAUCAAGAACCAUUAUUCAUCACCUGCCCACCCACAGGCCAAUGGACAGGUUGAGGUUACGAACCAAUCCUUACUCAAGAUCAUUAAGAAUCGGCUCGAGGGGGCAAAGGGCAUUUGGCCGGAGGAACUUCUGAGCAUUUUGUGGGCAUUCUAG